CUCGUGACAUUUGGCUACCGAGCGGGGGAGCCAGCGAUCGGGCACCAGAACGCGUACAGACCUGCAAGCGGUGGUGGAGGACGAGCGGAGACUCUUAACGCAGCGAAGAGCUCCUCUAACUGAGAAAAGGGUGCCCGCGCUCUGCGCCCAAGCGGGGAAAGUCCAUCGAGAAUCGAGAAAAGAAUGAAACCAAAAGAGAAGAGGAAAGAGUGGAGAGAUACCAACGAGUGAAACCGCCGGGCAGGAGAAGGGCCACGGGCGAAGGAGACAAGAUCGCCGUCUGGUCGCGCGCCGCUCGGGCGUACUUUGGAUCCCUCCCUUCCUCCAUCUGAGCAUCUGGCUCCUAGACGGGGUUCGGAGCCUCCAGCGCCCAAGGGCUGCAGGGACUGGAGGAACAGAUGCUUCCCUCCCCAGGAGUGCUGCUGGCAUUGGUGAGAAUGGAUCCUGCUGCUGGCUGGAGCGCCGAACGAGGUGGGGACAACAGCAGGACACACCAGCUGGCAAACGCAGCUGCCCGGGGAGACUUGGAGGCCGUGGGCAGGCUGCUGGACAGCGGGGCAGAUCCCAAUGCGGUGAAUUUCUUCGGCAGGACCCCGAUCCAGGUUAUGAUGAUGGGAAGCCCCAGGGUGGCUCAGCUGCUGCUGCAAAGAGGAGCGGAUCCCAAUCGGCCGGACCCCUCCACCAGCACAUCACCAGCUCAUGACGCGGCCCGCGAGGGCUUCCUGGAUACGCUACAGGUGCUUCAGCAAUGGGGCGCUCGCUUCGACGUGCGGGAUCAGUGGGGCCGUCGCCCGCUAGACCUGGCUGAAGAAAGCGGCCAGAUCCACGUGGUCAGUUACCUUCGAGAGGUGUCUGGUUGAAACGCUUUGACUUGGGAUCCAGGUUGGUCCGGAUCCCUAAAAGGACAAUGCAGAGAAUGUCUUCUAGGCGGGGAACUUCGAAUGCAAAUAGCACUAGGCAGGGGUGAAACCCUGGGUUUGGCCUAUUACAGUAUGGUUCUUAAACCCGCAGGCCAGAGUCAAGCUGGAUGGAACUGAAGGAACAUAGACUAUGGGCAGAUCCAAACCAUAUAUUUAAAGCACAUGAGCUCCCUCCUCAAAGAAUUCUGGGACUUGGUUUCCCUUAACAGAGCUACAAAUUAUCAGCAUCCUUAAACUGCUGUUCCCAGUGUUUUUUUGGGGAAGUCACCAGCUUAAAUGGUGUGGACCCACCCCAAACCUGUGCCUACUGGACUAUUCAAUACUACUUCACCUACAGGUGGAGGGUUAUACAUUUGCCUCCUUCCCCUGUAAAAAAACCAUUGCACAUGGAGAACUGUGUGUCAUAAUCUCACUCCUACCCAUGUUAGUUUUCUAUGUACAAGGAUUAAAAAAAGAAAGAAAAUUGAGGUGACAGUCCAGGGAUUGGGGAUCUGUGACCCUCCAGAACUUGCUGGGCUACAACUAUCAUCCUUGGCCAUUGUCCACAGAUGAUAGGGCUGAUGGGUACUAAAGUCCAACAACAUCUCCAGGGUCUCAGGUUCCCCAUCCCAUGUUAGUCACACAUGCAACACCCAUACCCGCACUACAUUUGCAAGCCCUGGCCUGGUCAUUCCCGAUGAACCUGCAUUGCUUCUCUUUUUAAAAAAGAAUUUUAAUUUAUUGUUCUUCUGGGGUGUGAAAGGUUUCAUGGUUGAAGUGUAGAUAGUACUUCGAAAUAUAGUAUUGGGAAGAAUGAAGGUGCCAACCUGUGAUCUCCUGACAAAAUGCACUCCAUUGAUGUUACAUUGGUGUUCAUUUGCACCAACGUGUACAGACAGCAGCUGUUACUUGAAGGUUUUAAGGGAACAAUUAAUGGUGGAAGGAAAGGAUGAAGGAUGGCCUUUGCAAGAUAAUUGUGAGGCUAAUGCUCAUAAACCCCCUUUUUCCCCUUGCAUUUUUUUUGCCUCUGCAAUUUGCUCAAGACCUCAAACUGAUGCUUUCCCACUCUUUCCCUAUUAACAUCAUGUGACAGAUUUUCAAGGAAGCAACGUCUGGAUGAAUGUGAAAGAAAGUGUUAACUAUAAAGUUUGGGCAGUCCUAGACAGAAAUUUAAUAUUGCAAACACAUCACUGGCAACAGCUUGUGUGUAUUUUUUCAAAACUUAUUUGAUUUUUCCUUGAAAGGAAUUGGAGGGAGGGGGUAAAUAUAGGCUGUCAUUCUGAUGCCAACAACAUUGUGUGACCAGUAUGAAAAGUAUGCAUUCGUGAGGUGCAGCCAUGCCACAACACACCCUUUUGGAAGCACCCUUGGUUAAGCUGCCUGAACCAGGAGGCUGUAAUUUGUUUUAUUUAUGUUUGUAUCCCUCCUGGGGUUUAGGCAGAUAACAUUAUAAAAACAAUGUAAAAUCCAGAGAAAGUUCAAGACACCUAAGUUCCACUGAAGUAAGGGAUCAUAAGCACAUUCAGUCCCCACUGAUUUAAUGAAGACUGGUGCACACCUAACUUUCAGGGAGUUGUGUCUAUGAAAGACAACAUUUUAAUAACCUGUAUUGUCUCCUCUGAAAGGAAUUUAGGCCAACAGCUAUUUUGGAAUAUCUUUUGAUUCAGGAAACAUAUGCAAGGCAGUAAAUGCUAUCCUAGGUACCUCCUAGUCUGGAGCUAAGUUCUCAGCUGCAUGCAUUUCAAAGUAACGCUCCACAAAAGGUUGUGGUGCUGUCCCACAAAAACCCUUAAGGUGUAAGUGAUGUUUGGAGGAUGUUUAAGUAUUAUACCAGCCUGGUAGGAGUAUGUUUUCUAUAGUAAGAACUACCACUGUACAUUCUGCCUGCUGAAUAAGAGAAUAAGGUUUUUUCUGCCUCCUUACUUAGAGAACACACUUUAUUAUGAAGAUGCAGUGGGAAACAGUGAGUUCUUCCUUCCCAGGUGAUAAUCUAAAGAACAUUUCAAAUAGAUGACUGGCAGAUUCCAGAAUCUGGACAGCCAUUGGCAGGGCCUUGGAGAUUCAGACUUUUGGUAACUGAUUCUUCUGGUUCAGUUCAUUUACAGCAAGUGUUGGGAACCUUCAGUUCUCCAGAUGUUGCUGAAAGACAACUCCCAUCAUCAUUGGCCAUGCUUCCUGGGGCCAGUGGAAGAGGCAUAGUUCAGCAACAUCUGGAAGGCCAAUGGUUUCUCAUGCCUGAUUUCCAGCUUGCAAGUUGUUAGCUAACCACGAUGACACCAUUUUCUGCAACAUCAGAAAGGUCAGACUAAUAUGUGCUCCUGCUCUUCAGAGUUUAGUUGGAAAGGACACAAUUGGUAGAGAGGAAUCAAGUACAAACAGUCUGAUCAGUAUAUAAUCAAGGGAUAAUCUUCUACAUGAAGGAACGGUUGGAUCAGGGAGUCCAAUUGUGAUGAAGUUUACAGCCAUACCUAUCUGAGUCCACUGAAUUGACUGGGACUGCUGAAGGACACAUAAAGUGAAGCCAUCAAGUACUUGGAUUAGUUAGUAUUCUUAGCCUGUGACAUAUGAUCCUUGUGUUAUGCUGCUUUAUCCAAGUUUUACUGCUGUUUACUAUUCAUGUGUGUAUUUAAAUUAAAAUAUCAGUUUUGAAAACCCUCAAACAGUGUACCAAAGAGGUGAACUAUACCAACCAGAUCAUCAUAUGUGGCACUAUGUUAGACUAUGGACCACCCUCACAAGAAUCCUAAUUGGUUUUUAUCCAGACCUGUUCCUUUCAAGCAGCCAGGCAAAUAAAUUCAGGGUGGAAUAACAACUAUAAAAUCAAUUAUAUUAGUUAACAAAGAAGUUUAUUAAUUAAAUGCAGAACAGAAAGGCAACAAGAUUACCCAGCUGUUAACCUGUUUAGCUACAGCUUCACUUUUUGCUGUUAAAAGAAACCCUCCAAUUUUCAGAACAGCUAACCAGAGAUCACACACAAGCUUCACAAUACACCUAAAAGUUUAGUAUGUUAAAUUUGCAGUAUGGAUCAGCAUCCCCAUGGCAGGGCUUUCACUCACCAGACAUGUUGCUCAGUGCCCUUCACAGCAUGAAGUCUUGUCAUCAUGGCAUGACUUCCUCUGCUCCCAUUUCACAUCAUAACUGGCUGCUAGUGGGAAAAGGACAACUCAACACACAAUGCACAACAUUCAUGCACAGAGCAAGACACACAGGUUAUCAAAAAGGGCUACGCCUGCAGUAUAGGAAGCAUGCCAUGGGGUGCCGAUAUAAUAUGUAGCCCAGGGGUUCCUUAACAUUUUCCCCCCAUCACACCACUUGAAAAUUGCUGAGGGUCUUCACAGACCACUUAAUAGUUUUUCUGCCUGUUGUAGCAAUUGUAAUUCCAUAGAAUUACAAUCCAAUUCAACAGAGGGGAAAUUCCAGUGCAUUUGAUAAAGUGUUACUCUACUUUGCUUGGGGUGGAGGCUCAUUUCAUCACUCAGCCCAAUCUUUGGGGUGGAAUGAGCUACAAGCAUUAAUUAAAACUAAGGGUUGUAUCUAACUACAUUAUACUCAGAUGAGUCCCAUUGAAAUCUGUUGGAAGUGGGGCAAGAGCAACUCCUGUUUGGGUUCUGUUUGCAUUCCAGAAGGAAAUUAGAGUUAGGGUCCUCCAGCUGGCUAGGCUUGCCUACCUUUACCUGUGCUCUUCUCUACCCAAUUUCCUUCCAUUGUAAACUGAUACUCUCAGGGAAACUGACCUCACUUCUGACCCUCCUUCCUGUUUACCUCUUCUUCAACUCUCCAAGGAGAGAGGAGACAUCUGUCUUUGUUCUCUUUCCUGAACCAUGAGGGCAAUAUCCAAGUCUGGGCACUGCACCUCCAACUUAGUAAGAAUUAGGUAUGCCUUUCCCAUCUACUGUAUAUUUCUAUAAAUAAAAAGGCUUUUCGUAUUUUACUGAGUCUUAUGUCUCAGUGAUUUAAAUGCAGGGUAAAAGCCUGCUUCUUAGGUAAAUACACACACUGGGACAUGCAGCUCAGAAUGCUGAAUUAAUCUGCAUAUGCAUAACAAAAUCAAUGGACCUAAUUAUGUCUGUUAAUUUCAAUGGGUCUACUUCAAGAAGAAUUAAUAUUGGAUACAAUCCUAUGUCUCAAAAGAAAACCCUCCCUCUGAUUUAAAAAAAAAUUCUAAGGGAGAUUUUCUUCCUCUAUCCAGACAAUGGGCCAAGCCUACGGGCUUUAGGUUUAACUUCAGUUCCAGCAUCUUAAUAUCUGCCAAAUGAGAUUAGUCAUCUUAUUCUUUAGGUUAUAUCAAGUAGAUGGGUAGCCACUCUCAGUCUAUGUGCAAAAGAAUAUUAGUGUGUCAUGAGAGAUAAAAUUAAGUAAAGACUUCUGUUCAGAGCUUGGAAGUAACUAGUUACAAGUAACGAAUUACUUGUAAUUCAUUACUUUUUUGAGUAACGAGUGGGUAAUUCCUUUACAUUUUGAUUGUAAUAGAAAUAGGAGUAGGUUUUCUACUUUUGUGGAGUAAUUGUAACGUUUCCAGAAUUACUUUUGGGCAUUACUUGGGGGGGGAGCAGGGGAAGUCUUCUGCUCCUCUGAUUUGUGGGUGAAAAUCAUGUGCCUCAAACUGGGCUUCUGUGCAGUGUCACUCUUUCCUCAUGCUUUGUGGGUGGGUAGAAGGCGACGAGGGAGGAGGUGGAGAGUGAGAUGUGGGUGGAGUGGAGAAAACAAUUGUGGGGGGAAAUGGACAGUGGUGGAGAAGAAUGAAGGGAGAAAGGAGCCGGAGGGCAAGAACAUGAAUACAGGAGGAGAAGGAGGCAGCAGCAGUAUGGAGAUAAAGAACUGUGGAGGUGAAAGAUGACAACAUGUUUUGGCACACAAAGUGGCAACUGUGCUGCAUUUGCAGUAUUUUAACUUUUUUGCAUCUCAGGAGAAAAUGUUUGCUUGAUUGAGUGUCCCUUAGUUUGUGGCAGGGCAGGGUUUGGGAGGUGGUUAAGUGAGAGAGAUUAUGCUUGCUGGCUGAGUGGGGGGGUUGCACUUGGUUUGACGUGCAAAGAUCUGAGUACAGUAGGGCCCCACUCAUACAGCGAGUUACAUUCCAGACCCCCGCUGUAAAGCGAAAACCACUGUAAAGCGGAACCCAUUGAAUAGAAUGGCAUGCGAUGCCCGAAAACCACCAUGAAAGCGGAACAAGCGCUGUAUGAGUGGUGCUUUAGUUUAAUUGCAUCUAAUUGAGGCCGCUGUAUUAGCAAAUCUCUGUAAAGCAAAGCGCCGUAAAGCGGCGCCCUACUGUAGUGGCCUCUGCCUCCCUCCCUACCACCCUUACCAGCAGAGAGACCACCAGUGCUAUCUUAUAAUAAAAAUAAUUAUU